UUGCAAAUUAGACGUACGGCGGCCCCCGGUUGACGAUCGAAACACCGUAGCAAUUACCGCGUUUCCGAUCGUAACGCGCCGCGUCGUUACGGAGUGGAAGAAGGUUCAAUGUCAUUUUCCGACCUCGUACCGCGGACGACCAGAAUUCCGCUACGUCACUUCUAAUGGCAUUUGCGAGGCACUCGUACGGCUUCGCGUAAAUAUCGAUCGUUCGGUCGUUAAGAACUAUUAGGGGUGGGUUUUGCUAUUCGGGGAACAACGAACGGGAGUCAGAGUCUGGAGAGGAAGUGAUCGGGUGCAAAUCGGUGGUUUUCUUUUUUUUUUCUAUUUUCUUUUUUCUCUCUCUUUUCACCCGGCCGUUUCGGAGUUCGUUAAACGUGAUCGGAGGAAGAAGAAAAGUGACAUCGGAUAGCGCGUACGUUGGAAAACGUACGGCGUCGAUCCCUCGGCGUAGUAAUUAAAAAUUUUCGCCGAUUUCUCACUCCGACCGAUAUCGCGCGUCGCGCGUUUGUUCACCACCGACCGGACUCGUUCGGAUCUUUUUUUAUUUCGUCGGACUCGCUCGGAAAACAUUCCCUCGUUCAACCCAAGACUAUCGACCGCGUGUUUCCCACCUUUUUCCCCUCCUCCCUUCCCUUUAAUUGCCGAUAAAAUGAGAACCCCAAACGUUCCUAUAAAUUAGCGAAACGUCGCGCCGAAAUCAAUUCUCCGAUCGACCUCAACUCCUUCGAGGUGUCCCGGGUAACUUUGGUUACGGGAAACGGAAACUCGGCGACAUCGUCAUCGAGUGUCAUCGGUGUGACGAGAACGCGAUCUCAACUUGCCAGAGGAGAUAGAGGAAUGUCCGCCACAAAAUUGAGCUUCGUCUUAUCCUUCGCUCUGAUCUACCUUCUCUACGAGAGUUACAAUCGCCAGGUCGAGCCGUUCGACUUUGCGGUUACCCAUCGGCGUAAAAUAAAUGCCGAAAGCAACCGAUUGUUCGACUUUCUCGUGCUCACUCAUGUCCUCGAAAAGUGGUUCCCAGGAGAUGCCCGGCUGAGAGAAGCCGACGCGAAAACGCUCGGAGUUGGAAAAUACUUUGGAAUAUCGUUCGAGGUGCCCUUGAUAGGUAAAUGGAACGCCUACUUCGCGACGACUGAUUAUAAACGAGGGAAAUUGCUGGCCCUGGAAUCGGACGACGGAAUUAUAAACCCGAGGUUCGAACUGAGGACCGAAAGUUACCACGAUAAAUCCUUCUUGCAGGUCACGGUGUACCUCCGAAAAUCUUCGGCCGUUUUUCAAUACACGGUCGGCGGCUUCAUCCGCUCGAUUACGAAACGAAAAUUCGAAGAAACGAUGGGUCGCGUCGAAGAGAUGUACGAGUCAACGGAGAAGUACAGAGAAUUGACGUAACGACUCGUCCACCUGCGUUGAAACAAUAAAUUCUUUUGAAAAUUA